CGAAAAGACAAUUCUCCACCUGUGGAUAUCUAGGACACCAAGGGAAAAUGAGCUGUAUCCCCUGGAAAAGAUGAUGUCACAGAAACUAAGUCAGCGUACACUCCUUCUCUGCUUCUCUCUGUGGCUGAUACAGUACAGGGCUGUUGCUAAAAUCAGGAACGUUUAUCAUGGUAGUCUACUUAAAUGGUAAGAUAAUUUGAAUGUAAAUUUUGAAAGUAUCCUUUCUCCCUGCAUCUUGAGUAGCGGUUGAGUAGCUUAUGAUUAUGAAUUAUCACUCGCUACAGUUUAGAUCUUGCUUAAUUCCCAUCACUCCAUCUCACCAGAUAGGUCCCUUCCCCAUGUGUUCAGGGCAUGCCCUCUUGUACCUUUCUGUUCAAUCUGCAUCCACUUUCUUUUCCUGAUGUUGUUUUUCAUAUUUAGAGUUUUGGCUGUUUGUCACAAGUUUACAUUUGCUUUUUGUCUGCAGUUUAUCUCUGUUAAUGAAGAUUUUUCAUGUUCAUUUAACUACCUACAAAAUAAAGUUACUGUUCACUUUCUCACAUGCAGUUUUCAUUUUCCAACUAAUUUAAGAACAUACUUUUUACAUUGCAACCAACUAAUAUUUAAUUUUAAAGCAUAAUAAUUUUUUCUAAAACAUAAAUAUCAGUUUCUUGAUGGGUAAAAGUAAGUUAUGAAAGGUGAUAAUAAACAAUCAUUAAGAAAAAACUCAACAGAUCAACAAUGUUUUUGAAAAAUAUCAAGCAAAUAGGCAUUUAAAAUCAUCAUCCUCAGUGGCGUUACAGCCCAUAUAGGGCCCUGGCCAGCUCCACCACAUCCAUCUAUUCAGAGUGAUCCACGGCUUUCCACCUCCAAAAGCGAACCCCCAACUGGUGUAAAUCCUUCUCUACACUGUUGAUCCAUCACAGUCUUGGUCAACCAUUGAGCUGUCUUCCCCUAGGUUUCUGCCUGUAUAUCACUUUUGCUGCUCUACAAUCUGUCAUCCUAUCAAUAUGUUUGCAGUCUGCCUUUUCUUUUAAUUGACGUGACUAUUGGAGGGGUCUUUGUACAAUUGGUAUAGCUCUAAGACCAAGUUCCUCUAGCAAAAGUUAGACUACUGGUCUUAUGAUAAUGGCAUAUAUUGUCUUCUUUGUUCCCUUCAGAGGUUUUAGCUUCCCAUUAGCUUUUGUAAGCUGAAAUAGGAAGAGUUGUCUGCUGUUUCUUUCUUUCACCUCCAACAUUAUUUAUAAUUUGUACACAUCUCAAAAUAUUUUAGGAUUUUCUCUGCUUGGGGAGAGUGGGCCAGAGAAAAACAUAUUGUUAUCCUCAAAUCUCAAGAGUUCCUCAACCAAAGACGAAUUAAGUUGGUAAGCUUAAAUUUCUUUUUUUUUUUAAAAUCUACACUGCUCUUGCACAUAAUGAAAGUUUGUUAAGUUUUACACAUUUACUUCCUUUGAGCUUGACAUAAAUAUAUAGCUUCACCUGUAAUUGAGAAGAAAUACAAAUUUCAAAAGAUUAAACAUAUGCUUAGUAAAAGAUUCAGCUUCUGGGUUUUUCUCUUAAGUUCUUUAUUAGAAUAAACAUAUCAAAAUGGAGCCAAAAUAAAUAAAUUUAUAGCCUAUUUUUUUUUCUAAAAAUUUCCCGCUAUUUGUUAAUAGGCUUUUAGGAAAUGGUGCCAGAGGUUCUCACAGAGUACAGAGACUGAGAGACUUUAUCAGCAGGCUUGGAACAAUUAUUUACGAAUCAUACUCCAGCAGUGGGGAAUCUGGGCCAAAAGUGAGUUAUGUUCUAAUUUUACCCCAAUAAUUCCCUUUUUUCCAAUUUAAGAGUCCAUUAUAAUAAGCAAUAAUAAAUACUUGUGUGUGUUCAUUAUGAUAUGAAAUAUUUUAAAUAUAGCAGAUCAAUAUAGGAUUUUUUUUUUUAAAUGCACAAUGUAAAACAUUCAAGCAACAGGUAAUUUAGACUUUGUUGUAAUAAAGGCAAAAUAGAUUGCUGUUAAGAAUUAUGUUCAAUAAUUGAUAUGGAAAUCAAAACUUUUUAUUCAUUUUUAUUUUAAAAAUUGUCAAUGAAAAUUUUGAGUUAACUUUCAAUUUUAUCCUUUCAGCUAGUCAUAAACUUCAUUCUCUUCAGCAAGUCUUUCAACAGCAGCAAUCAAGGCAUGCUCUGCAAAGCUCUUUUACCUUCUGGAAGUCACUUACUGUCAAAGUAAAGAGCAUCCGUAGCAAUGCGAUGCACAAGCUUCUCUACAGGUAUUACAUAUGGCCUAUGAACUUGUAUUUUUAAAUUCUGGACCAGGUGCCUGCAAAAAUUUUAUGCCAGCUACUCUUUUAAAAAAAUGAUUUAUUUCUAUAUCACCAUAUUAACAAUACGCCCUGGGAUCCAUAAAAUAGGGAUGGGGUGGGGCUCGUUCCACAACCAAUGUUUUCAACCCAGGUUAUAAAAAAUUGUUUUUUAGAAAUAAUUUGUGGAAUUUGUUUUUUUAUUCCUUAUAUUUGAAAAUCAUUUUUUUAGCUUUUUGAAUUUACUACAGUAUCAAUUUGAUUUUAAGUUUAAACAGUGAUAUAUAUUUUUAUUUUUUUUAUCGGUUAUGUCUUGCCAGUUUAUGAAAUAAUUAUUGUUGUCAUCAAUGUUCCCUCUAAGUUUUACUGAUUCGUGUGCAAAAUCAUACAGUUGUGUGCAAAGUUUUACAGCAUCAAUUUUUUGUGUGCAAAUUGUUAUAGCCCACAAACACACACACAUAAAUUUGCUGCACAGAUACUCAAAACUGCUGCGCGGCAUCUGUGAGAUAGCUGCGCGGCAUCUGUGAGAUAGCUGCAUGGCCACUCAUUCGCGCAGCUUCAAGGGAACAUUGGUUGUCAUAGUAAUUUAAGUUUUUAAUAAUUACAGCCUGUAUUGAUCUUUUUUUUUUCCCCACAAAAAUCAAGCAGUGGGAUUUUUUUACAUUUUCAAACAAAUGUUUUGAGAUUGCUUUAUAAUAACAUCAAGCAAUGAGAUUUGUUUACAAUUUCAAACAAAUGUUUUGAGAUUGCUGUAAAAAAAACAUCAAGCAAUGAGAUUAAUUUGUUCACAUUUUAAAACAAAUGUUUUGAGAUUGCUGUAUAAUAACAUUUAUUACUGCAAUAAUUUUUCCCCCCCCAGUAUUUUCCGUGAUUGGCGACUCGCUGUGAGAGAGAUGAGAAACAAGAAACAUAAGGUUCUGCACUUCCAAGUUCAAUCCUAUACCUUGCUGGUGGGUUAAGAGCAUUUGCACACAGAAAAAUUAACUCACACUGUAUUCUAAAAUUACAUGUCAUAUCUGAGCAUGAAAUAUUUUGUUUGGUGGUAAUCUAAUGACAAGGCUCUCAAUCAUUGUAUGGCUUAACUAAUUUAAGUAUGACAUUCACACUAACCACACAAUAUUUUUUAACAGCUUCUAAUUCAGGAUGUUAACAGUUUUAUUUUUAAUCUAAUUUUUAUCAUAUUUGUCUCAUGCAGUGUUGUAAUACAACUGUUUUUGUAUACAUGUUAAUGCAACUAGGUCAAACGACAGUUCUUUCAAUGGCAUGAGGCUUACAAAAAAAGGCAGCAGCUGACUGAGGAGAGGAGAGUUCACAUUGAGCAGAUAGCCCUCAACUUUGCUGGUAUCUGGAGGAGGAAAGCUCAGAAGAGACGGGGUGAAAUGCUGACAAUUAUGUUUGAAAAAAGAAAGGUAAUUGAUGGAAAGAAAUUGAAAAGUGCAUCAAUUUAUACAAAGAAUAAAAGUAAUAAAUUUUUUAAACGCUUUAAAAAAUGUUUCAGUGGUCAUAUAAAAUGCUCUUGUUCAUUUUAAAAAUAUAUAAAAUAAAUAGAAUAGCCAAGCAAAUGAGUUUCCUAUCACCACUACACAAAAGCUUGACAUAAUUUCUGUAAGUAGGGAGUCUGAGAGAGUUAUCUACCUUUAAAAAAAAAAAAAUUAUCUUCCAUUGGUCUUUUAUGUAAUGAAUUUAUGAAUAAGUUGAUCUGUUUUGCAUUUUAAAAGUUUAAAAAAUGAUCUUAACAAUAAAAAAAACAUAAACGUUAUCUGAUCUAUCAGACAAAGCACUGCUUCCAACACUGGAGAGCUUCACUGUCGCACAUCCAAUUUCUGUACAACCAACUUGAUGACUGGUCAAGCAAGAAAAAUAUGCACGUGUUGAAAGUUUGUUUGAGGUCAUGGCAGACUCAGCUUGUUGCUAACCAGGCAAGAAAACUUUACAUGUCACGCCUGCUGCAUGCAAUGCUGGCUGAGUGGAGAGUAUUUGCUAAAGGUAAUUGAGAUUAGCUGUAGGAAAUGUUUAUCAUAAUGGUUUUAUUUGGGAUGCUAAAAGCUGAUAAUGUAAUCAUCUUAACCACUGUAAAAUUUUAUAAUUCUGCAGUGAAGCUAUUUAAAAAAAAAGGUAAAUCAAAAAAGGUUAUAACAAAAUGAGCUAGUUAUACAAUACAAUAAUGCUACUAAGAAGAGACCAUGCAUUUUUUGCUUGGAUGCCUGCCUUAUCACCAUGGAACUUGUGAACCAAAAUUUAAUUUGUACACUCUCCUAGCAUGUUUAAAAUAAGAUACAAAAGGAUUCUAAAUUUUUUAAAAGAUCAUAAAUGUUUUGUUAUUUAUAUUGUUUACACAUUUAGAAAAUAUUAAAUCUGCCGAUUGGCAAUAACUUGCUCUUAGUUAGGUUGCCAUUAGAGUUAUAAACCAAACUGAACACAUAGGCUGGCAUAGAUCUUAGUUUGGUUGCCAUUAGAGUUAUAAACCAAACUGAACACAGAGGUUGGCAUAGAUUACAAAAUAUAAUUUUUUUGCAUCACUCCUCUAUUUUUUUCAUAGCAGAGGGUAAAAAAUUGUUCAUUUCUUUUUUCCUAGUAAACAGAGAAAGACGAAUUAGAGGUUUAGCCUUAAAGAAAGCUCUUCAAGAACGAAGUCUCCAUGUCUAUUUUCAAUACUGGGUUGCAGUGACAAAAGUUAAACUGUCAGUACAACAAAAUGUGGAGCUAAAGUUGCAGAUUAGGUAAGAGGAGACUUAUAUUUUAAGGAAAAGUGACAAUUUUCUAGUUAUUUUUUAUUUUAAAAAUUUAUAAAAAAAUAUUUAUAACAAAUUAAGCUAAAUUUUUUGGACCACUUUGAGGUUUAAAAAAUAACAUUUGAAAUAAUAUUUAGUAAGAGGUCAAUGACAUUAGAACUAUAACUGUUUCAAAACAUUUUCAGAGUUUUCCGAGCAUGGCGUCAUUAUUCUCAUAAACUGCAUCACUUGAGAGAACUUCAGGCCCUUAUGACAAGGAAUGUCUGUACUCGAAUCCUGCACAAUGCCUUCCAGAAUAUCCGCUGGCGAGCAGAGUACUGUACCAGCCUUCACGACAUGGCUGAGAGAAUUGUCAAGGACAAGGAGCUGGCCACCAUGAGGGCUGUUGUUGUCAUGUGGAAAGAAAGAAUCAACAAACUUGUGUCAGUCAGGUGAGGGCUUGAGACUGCUGUCUGGUAAUUGGUUUUAUUUAUAAGGUAUCAGCCAUGUAUGGCAUAAAACAUAAAUAUUUUUUUUAAUAAAAAUUAUUCAAGAUUCUCCAUUUGCUGCAAUCAGGUUCGGAAAAUUAAAAAUAGCUUUUAACUUUAAAAAAUCUUGAGUGACUAUAUUUUUCAAAUAGAGAAGGUUAACAAAUAAUAAUAAUAAAUAAUAACUUUGAUCUACAUAGCUUCAAGAAUCUUAGAAUGAUUUACUGAAUAUACCAUGCCUCGCGUAAUCUGCAAAAUUUAAAUAUUCAUUAAAAAUGUUAUUAUAAAAAAGGAAAUGCAGACCUAAGCAAUUGAUAUUAUAUAAUUAGACAUCUUCAUUAAGAAAUUUUUUUAAGAAUUUUGAGAUUUCUACAUUUUCUUUCAUACCAUUUAUAAAUAAAAUGUAAGUUCAAAGAAGUUAUUAACAAAAUGAGUCACUAUAUCACGUUGGUUUCACUUUCUGCUCAUGGUCAGAUGCUACAAACAUAUGUUGACCAUCAGAGUGGUCAAGCGGUGGCACAGAUUUGUCCAUAAAAAGUGCUUAGACAGAAAACAAGACAGGGACAACUGGGAGAAAGCUGUCAGUUUUUACAAUAAAAUUUUGUGGUAGGUUCUUUUUAAAAAAAAUCUUUAUUCAUAAAUACAUAAAUCCUGCAUCAAUCUUUAACAACCUCACCAGUAGAAAGUUUAUGGUCAAUCACUCAAAGUCUAAGAUUAGUCAAUCAUUCUAAGUCUAAGAUUAUAGCCAAUCACUUUAAGUCUAAGAUUAUAGUCAAUCACUUUAAGUCUAAGAUUAUAGUCAAUCACUUUAAGUCUAAGAUUAGUCAAUCAUUCUAAGUCUAAGAUUAUAGCCAAUCACAUUAAGUCUAAGAUUAUAGCCAAUCACUUUAAGUCUAAGAUUAUAGCCAAUCACUUUAAGUCUAAGAUUAUAGUCAAUCACUUUAAGUCUAAGAUUCAAGUCACCCCACCAAGUCAUGAGAUAAUCUCUCAGACAACUUCAGACAAUAUGGAUAAAUAAAAUAAUAUAUUAACUCACUAGACCUAUAUUUUGCAUGUUCAUUAAAAAUAGAAUUAAUUUUUCCGUUUUAAAAAAUUAAAAUUUGAAUGAACAUUUUUUUCCAGUAAGUCUGCAUUUUCAGCAAUGAAACUGGAGGUCUCAGUACAUCAUAUGGUUGAAAAAAGGUCACAGCGUUUGUGCAAUAAAUAUGCCAAGAUGUGGAAGAAUAAAGUUGAUCUUUGUGUUACAGCUAUAUUUCUGGUGGGUAACAUGAUCAUUUUUAAAAAAAAAAAACUUAUUUAAAUAAUUAUUUUAAAAACAUAAUCAUUUAUCACAAUGCUUAAGGAGAUGUUUGAUAGUUGAUUUGAACUAAAAAUUAUUUCUUAAUUCUUAUCAACUUGAUUUUUGAUUCUUGAGGAUUUUUUUUUUCCUUCUUUUUUCACAUUGGUUUGUAAAUGACAAUCAUCUGUCUUUGUACAACAUUUGUGUGGCUAGUGUAUACAUAACUUUGGCACUCUACAUUUAAUACCCAUAAAGUCAUCUUGCUUAUCAAAAAAAGAUAUAUAUGGUUCAACUGUAGUAAUAAUAUUUCCCCACCAUGUCAAUCUUUGGGAACACACCCAUGAAGAAAUUACCAGUCCCAAAGGUAUUGAAAGCAAAAAGCAGUAGUUUAAAUUUAUUUCAUUGUGCUGUCAUACUGGUAACUUAUUAACCAAACAUAUGACAUUCUUACAUGUUCUGUGUAUUUUAGUAAGAAGAUGCUAAUAAUAAACAUUUUUUUUAUCAACGAAUACGUUUAAGAUAAAUAUUUUUCACUCGUUCACCUUAAAGGAGCAAGAGUUUGUCCAGAAAAGAGUGUGGGCCAAAUGGAGGAGAGAAUAUAUCAAAGCAUACUCUACACAGAAGAUAGUUGAACAAUAUGAAAAGCAAACCCUCAGCCAGGUACAUUUGAACCAUUAUAAUUAAAUAAAUUUUACAACUGUUAGUGAGCCUCAAUGUACUGCUUUUAAUGGGGUUGACUUAACUGUAAGUGAGCUGUUAAACUAACAUUGGUCAGUGUCAUGGUUGCAUUUAGCAAUGAGGCUUUUUGAGGUUUUAGAUUUUCGUCUGGAAAAAAAUAUAUUUUUUUUUAAAUAACAGACUUCGGACGGUUGAGUUUUCAAUAACUGGCUAAUGUACGUCCUUAUUUGCCCUAUAGAGCAAACAUUUUAGGAAGUCUCACUAACCACACAAAUAAUAAUGACUACCAUCUCUGUGCAUGAGUCUACAUGAUUAACUUAACCACUCAUGCUUUAAAUGUUAGAUCCUGUUGACAAUGCCCAUUAUCUAAAAAAAAUAAAGUUACUAUUAUUAGUUAUGUUUUGCUAAUUUGCCAAUCUUAACUAUAAUUACUGACCUGUCAUUGUACACUUAUAGAUUUUCAAAGCAUGGCGAAAACUGGCGGUUUCAACAAGAUCUAAACUGCUACAACUGCAACAAAUUAAACCAGGUCAAGCAUCGCAGGGGCCUGUGGACAACCAACGUGACACCAGAGUGUCAAUGUUACCAGUUCCUUUGUCACAGUCUAGGCAGUCUCCAGUAUUCAUCUCCUCACCUGUUGGAAAAUCUGGACACAAAACUAAUAAUAAUCAUUGAAAAUUGUUUUAAAUACUUGUUCUAUCCCUGAUAUCCAAUUCCUUUGUUAAAAUUACCUUAGGAAUAACUACACACUGAGCAGCUACCAACCAAAAAUUAAAUGGGGAUUAAAUUUUUAAUUGUAUGUGCACAUUAAUUUUUGAGACCCUUGUUAGAAAUAAAAAAACAUUGAGCAAAUAGGGAGCUUUCUUUCAACUUUGGCUUUAACUUUACCCCUUCAUUUAUUUUUCCUAGAGCUAAGCAAGUACCUUUUUAUUUUAUUUUAUUAUUAAAAUUUAAUAAUAUGUCUCCAUUUUUUUUUGGUACCAUGAUAUAGAAUUUCUACCAGUGUUUCUUUGGAAGGGUUAUAACCUUUAACUUUAAACCAUUUGUGUUGAAAUUUCAGCACAACCAUUUAUGUCUCUGAUUUGGCUAAGCAUUAUAUAUGCACAUUAUUACUUUUGAAAAAGUGUUAAACAUUGACAUUUUUUUUUAUAUUUUACAAAAUCCUUUGAAAUUCCAUGCACAGUGAGAGUGAAAUUUAGGAGAAC